AUGUGCACUAUAGAUUUUGAUUCGCUUUCCAAGGAAAAUGUCUUCGAGAAUAAUCGUUUGGCCUUUGAAGUGGCCGAGAAGGAGCUGGGAAUUCCUGCUCUCCUGGACCCCAAUGACAUGGUCUCCAUGAGUGUCCCCGACUGCCUCAGCAUCAUGACCUAUGUGUCCCAGUAUUACAACCACUUCUCCAGUCCCGACCAAGCUGGCGUCUCACCGCCCAGAAAGGACCUGGCGCCCUGCUCCCUACCAUCUGUAGCACCCACUCCAGUGGAACCAGGAGAUGGGGCUCAGGCUGAAGAGCUCUCCCCAGGCAGCUUGUCGGAGCAGGGCACCCACCGAGCCCCCAGCAGCACGUGUGCCGCCUGCCAACAGCAUGUGCACCUGGUGCAGCGGUACCUGGCCGAGGGCAAGCUGUACCACCGGCACUGCUUCCGGUGUCGGCGGUGCUCUAGCACCCUGGUCCCCGGGGCUUACAGGAGUGGGCCUGAGGAGGGCACCUUUGUGUGUGCAGAGCACUGUGCCAGGCUGGGCCCAGGGGUGCGAUCGGGGACUAGGUCCGGGCCCCACCUCCAGCUAAAGCAGCAGCACCAGCAACAACUUGCAGAAGCUGAGGAAGUCCCUGGAGGUGGUCCCAGCUCUAGUGCACCUGUAGGGGCUGAGGCGGAUGGACCCAAGGCCAGCCCUGAGGCCCGGCCCCAGAUCCCCACCAAACCCCUGGUUCUCGGGAAACCACAGGAGCUGGCCAGCCCGCCAGCUGGACGCCCCACACCUGCCCCCAGGAAGGCCUCUGAGAGCACAGCCCCGACGCCCCCCACACCCCGGCCCCGCUCCAGUCUACAGCAGGAGAACUUGGUGGAGCAGGCUGGUGGCAGCGGGCUGGUGAAUGGAAGACUUCAUGAACCGCCUGUCCCUAAGCCAAGGGGGACACCCAAGCUGUCUGAGGGAACACCAGCCCCCAGGAAGGACCCCCCAUGGAUCUCUCUGGUGCAAGCAGAGCCAAAGAAGAAGCCAGCCCCACUGCCCCCAAGCAGCAGCCCCGGGCCACCACGCCGGGACAGCGAGCGGGUGGAAGACAGAGGUGUGGAGGAGGGGGCCCCAUGCAGUCCGGCAGCUGGCCUGGAGCCCAAGCCCUAUAACCCCUUUGAGGAGGAGGAGGAGGAGGAGUCGUCCACGGCCGUACCCAGCCUGGCCACCAGCCCUGCCCUGGUCCACCCGGAGUCCACACCCAAGUCCCUGCACCCCUGGUAUGGCAUCACCCCCACCAGCAGUCCCAAGACAAAGAAGCGUCCUGCCCCCCGCGCACCCAGUGCCUCCCCACUUGCUCUCCACACCUCCCGCCUCUCGCACUCGGAGCCACCCUCAGCCACGCCAUCGCCAGCCCUCAGUGUGGAGAGCUUGUCGUCAGACAGCCCAAGCCAGACUGCUGGCGGGAAGCUUCUGGAGCCGCCAGCUGUGCCCAAGAGCUCCUCGGAGCCUGCAGUCCAUGCCCCUGACACCCCUGGAAACCCUGCCAGCCUCUCUGCCGACUCCUCCCUGUCCUCCUCUGGUGAGCUAGUCCAGCCCAGUGUGGAGCGGACACCUCAAGCCAGCCCUGGCCUUGCCCCCAGGACCAGGGGCAGCCCAGGGCCCCCGCCAGCCAAACCUUGCAGUGGCGCCACCCCAACCCCUCUCUUAUUGGUUGGAGACAGGAGCCCUGCACCUUCCCCCGGAAGCUCAUCCCCACAGCUGCAGGUAAAGUCUUCCUGCAAGGAGAAUCCUUUUAACCGAAAACCAUCACCUGCAGCAUCCCCAACCACAAAGAAGGCCACCAAAGGAUCCAGACCAGUGAGGCCACCUGCCCCAGGACAUGGCUUUCCGCUUAUCAAACGCAAGGUCCAGGCUGACCAGUACAUUCCCGAGGAGGACAUCCAUGGAGAGAUGGACACCAUUGAGCGCCAGCUGGAUGCCCUGGAACAUCGUGGGGUCCUGCUGGAGGAGAAGCUGCGUGGUGGUGUGAAUGAGGGCCGUGAGGACGACAUGCUGGUGGACUGGUUCAAGCUCAUCCACGAGAAGCACCUUCUGGUGCGGCGGGAGUCCGAGCUCAUCUAUGUCUUCAAGCAGCAGAACCUGGAGCAGCGCCAGGCUGACGUCGAGUAUGAGCUCCGGUGCCUUCUCAACAAGCCAGAAAAGGACUGGACAGAGGAGGACCGGGGCCGGGAGAAGGUGCUGAUGCAGGAGCUUGUGACCCUCAUCGAGCAGCGCAAUGCCAUCGUCAAUUGCCUGGACGAGGACCGGCAGAGGGAGGAAGAGGAGGACAAGAUGUUGGAAGCCAUGAUCAAGAGAAAAGAGUUCCAAAAGGAGGCUGAACUCGAAGGCAAGAAGAAGGGCAAGUUCAAGACCAUGAAGGUGCUGAAACUGCUGGGAAACAAACGUGAUACCAAGAGCAAGUCCCCUGGGGACAAGAGCUAACUUCUAGGAAAACCAGCUGGGGACAACUCCCCCUCCUAGGUCAGCCCUUGCCUGUGCUUUGCUGGUGGGGGGGCACCCUGUUCCCUCAGGUCAGUCAUGAGGAAAGAACUCAAGGGGAAGGAGCCUCUGGGGCAUGGCCUCUCCCUCCUCAGCGUCUUCCUGGUGGUCUAGGCCAAAGAGUUAUCUUCCCUGUUCUCUGAGCCCCAGGCAGCUGUGACUCAGCCCUUCCUAGUAUGAUUCUGAUGAUCUUGGAUGCUGUGACUGGCCCAAGGGGCAAUUAGGGUCUCAGGGUCCAGGGAGGAACUGCAGCUGAGCAUGUCCACCUGUUCUUGCUACCAGACCCUGCCGUGGUGGGGCGGUGACCUGGUCCCUCUUUCCUCUGUACUGCAUCCACAUGGGUUCAUAGCUGUCAGGGUUCUACCCAUGGCCCCAGGGUUCUGCUCCCCCUAGCAGGCCAGCAUGUGGGGGUUGGCACACUGGCUUCUUCCUGCCCCAGCCCUGGCUCUGAGUGCAGGCCCUGUCCAAUGCAGGUGCCCCUGAAUCUCGGUUUCUCCUCACUCAGGAGCUCUGUUUGUGUGUCUCUAGUUAAGUCUGAGCUCGCAACUGAGUAGUCUGUGCUGUCAGGCAUGAAUGGAUCUGAUGGGCAAAUCCCUCUCUUUCUGCCUCAGAGUUCUAGGAGAUGCUUCCCUCAUCUCCCCUUACCCCACAGGGAGCCUGCUUUCCAUGACCAGGGCUGCAAAGGCCAUGCUGGGGAGGUGGGUGCCCCUCUUCAUCCCCCCGAUUCCUGAGCCCCCAAGGGUCCCUGGGAGCAGGGCUGGUUGCAGUUCUCGUUCCUGAUCAUGAGCCCAGGAGGCUUCAAGUAGGUGCUAAUCCUGGCUCUUUAACACGCUGUCCUCUGACCCCUAAUUAUGGCUUUCCUCUGCCACCUCAGGCCUGGGGAGAGGGGCUGAACAUUCCCGUUUGUGGUCAUUACUAGUCUGUCUCCUCUGCUGUCUGUUCUCUCUCUGACUCUGACUCAUUCCCACUGAGGACUGACGGCUGCUCACCUCACUGGGAUAGCUGAAGGAGAGGAGGAGAUAUAGGGACAACCACAUUUUCCCCAGGGAAUGUGCCCAGCAGUUCUUGGUCAAAGCACUCUUAUCUCUGGGAUGAACUAUCUCUGGGCUGCCAUUCCCUCAAAACAUCUCUGGGAAAGGAUCACACUGUAUUAACACUUGAGGAUUUUCCUCACCAACAAUAAACAGACAACCUCAGUUGCCAAUGCCCUGUAGCCUUGGGCC